AUGGCAACCGCAAGAGUGAGUGACCUUUCAUUGUCCAGUGGAGGUACAGUUGUCUCUUCCUCUACAAACAAGGAUGAUUUGGCCACUGAAACUCUUAAGCGGCACCCUGUUCCCCUUGGACAACUGAAUCCCUCUUCAGGAGCCUCCAUCAUGGCGCUCUCCGCUACCUCUGGCUUUAUUGCGCACCACUCAACCCAAAUUCAACUCCCGCCCCCAGCACAUCAUCAUAAUCAACAACAACUAGAAAAUCCAGAUCAGCAUGAUGCACUUCGAAUUCACCAUCAGCAGCAACCACAACUCCGUCAGCAGCGAAAUCUUUUGAGUCGCCAUCAUCCUCACCACUUACUUCAGCUGCCGCUGUCUCAGUCGCAGAGCCCUCAUGCCUUGAACAACCAAAACCCUCAUUUAACAUCUCACAAUCCCCAUGUUCAUCCAGCUUCCCACCACCAUACCUCAGCAGUACAUGUGAAUCCAACCCAUUUGGCCUCGCCCCCAAUGCCAAGCCCCAUAAAUCCUAGCUCUCUGAUUCACACUCUCCCAUCUGCCCCGAUUGCCACUGCUGCGGGAAUAACUUCACCU